AUGGAAAAUAAUGGAGGAAAAAGAGUGAGAUUUGGGGUUCGAGCGAGUUCGAGAGAUCAUUCAGUUCAAGAGUUCGUUCCUUCUGCAGCUUGGACAGAGGAUUCAGAAUUCCAUUUCCUGCUUAUUGAUCUUCCUGAAUUUAAAAAGGAGGAAGUGAAGCUUCAUGUGGAUGAGUCAGGGCAGAUAAUAGUCAGUGGAGAAAGGCUUGUGAAGAACAGCAACAAAUAUAUAUAUUUCGAGAAAGCGUUUAAAUCUCCGGAAAAUUCAGAUAUUGGCAGGAUCACAGGGAAAUUUGAUGGAGAAAUUCUAUAUGUAACUCUGCCUAAGAAGUCACAAGCACAGAUGAAGAAAGAACCUGAGAAUCCGAUAAAAAAUGACCAAGGCGUCGCAAAAGAUCAUAAUGUAAAAUAUGACGAAGGCGUCGCUGAAGAUCAUGAUAUGAAAGAAAAGGAGCCCUCUGAUGAUCGUAAGAUCGGGUCUCGGGAAAGUCAUGAUGAUCAAGAGCAGAGUAAAUUAGAUAAAGAAGGUGAGAGCAAGAAAGGUUCAAGUGUUGAUGGUUUUCGCAAAGAGAAUAUAGAGAAAUGGGGACGAGAGGGUUCGGUAUUAGAAAAGGCGACGAAAAUGCUAUUGGAUAAUAAAGAGAUUUUGCUGACAGCAGUGUUGGCGUUUUCGUUGGGGAUGUUAGUGUCGCGGAAACUUGAAUCGGUUCAUCACGAAUAAAUGGUAUUGAGAUACUGUCUUGACAUUGCUGAUGAACCCAUCAUACAAACUCCUAAUAACCUUCAUUUGUAUAUAUGUAAUAUAAUGGCUUUAAGAAUCCAAAAUUGGUGUAAAAAAAUGAAUCAAACUGAUGAUCUAGCAAACUGACAAAUUUGAUUUA